AAAAGGUAAUAAAAAGUGUACAUUGAAAUCAAAAAAUGAAAGACCCAAAUUAUUAGAGAAAAAAGUGGAAAAGAGAGUGUUUCAUACGUGAUCCAUUUCCAAAACCUACCUACACCACAAACUAAUUUUCCCCUUACUUUAAAAUCAAACAAAUAAAUAAAUAAAUAAAAUACCCAAUUCAUUGGUGAUUCUCUAAAUUGAAAAAGAUUUGAUUUUUCCAUCUGGGUCUUUUGUUUUGUUGGUGAAUCUGAUCAGAGAAAUAAAAGGGCCAUGUCGUGUUCGUCUUCAUCGGGAUCGGAAGAUGAUAACGAAGGGUUUGAGUCUUACCGGAAAGGUGGUUACCAUGCCGUUAGAAUCGCCGAUUCUUUCGCGGCUGGGAGGUUUAUAGCUCAGCGGAAACUUGGUUGGGGUCAAUUCUCCACCGUCUGGCUCGCUUAUGAUACUAUCACCUCUUCAUAUGUGGCUCUCAAAAUCCAGAAAAGUGCGGCCGAUUUUGUUCAGGCUGCCCUCCAUGAGAUUGAUGUUCUUUCAUCCAUUGCGGAAGGUGAUCCAUCAAAUUCAAAGUAUGUUAUCCAAUUGAUUGAUCACUUUAAGCAUACAGGUCCCAAUGGGCAGCAUCAUUGCAUGGUCCUUGAGUUUCUCGGCGAUAGCUUGCUUCGUUUGAUCAGAUAUAACCGAUACAAAGGUCUUCCACUGAAUAAAGUUAGAGAGAUAUGUAAAUGCAUUUUGAUUGGUUUGGAUUAUUUGCAUAGUGAACUCCGUAUAAUCCAUACUGACUUAAAACCUGAAAACAUUCUUCUAUUUUCAACUAUUGACCCUGCCAAAGAUCCUUUUAGUUCUGGUUGCUCCCCAAUUUUAGAACGGCCUGUGGGAAACACAAACGGUGGACUUACUAGUCUUAUUGAGAAAAGGUUGAAGAGGAGAGCGAGGAGUGCAGUUGCUAAAAUAUCAGGAAGAACGGCUUCAAUUGAAGGAAGAGGAGAAGCUGCAAAAUCUCGUAGAAAUAUUGAUGCAAUUGACGUGAGAUGCAAGAUUGUCGAUUUUGGAAAUGCGUGUUGGGAUGAUAAGAAGUUUGCAGAAGAAAUACAAACAAGGCAGUAUAGAGCCCCUGAAGUUAUACUGAAGUCUGGUUAUUCGUUCCCUGUUGACAUGUGGUCUUUUGCUUGCAUUGCUUUUGAGCUUGCCACUGGAGAUAUGUUAUUUACACCCAAAGGUGGACAAGAUUAUAGCGAGGAUGAGGAUCAUCUUGCCCUGAUGAUGGAACUCCUAGGAAAGAUGCCGCGGAAGAUUGCUAUUGCCGGAGCACAAUCCAAGGAUUACUUUGACAGGCACGGUGAUCUGAAAAGGAUUCGAAGGCUAAAAUAUUGGCCACUUGACAAAUUACUAAUCGAUAGAUAUAAAUUUUCAGCGAAUGACGCACGUGAGUUUUCAGAGUUUCUUUUGCCACUUUUUGAUUUUGCGCCAGAAAAACGACCAACUGCACGACAGUGCAUGCAACAUUCCUGGCUGAACUGCAAGGAGUCAGCAUCAAAUGAAACGAGAAACGAAACUACUGUCGAAAAGGUUAAUGUUGGUAUGAGCAAUCUUCAAAUCAAGGUAGGAAAGUGAAGGUGGAAAACAUGUUCUUGACGGUGCAUUUACCACAAUCAAACAUUUUGGAGGAUCAAAACAAAAGUCAGAUGUGAAUUGUCAGAUCUUAAUCACAACUUUAACAUGAAUGACUAUAGUACUGAUUGCAUUUUCUUUUUAGUUUAUUCGAUUUUAAUGAGAUUCUUUCCAUUUGAUUUUUAACUACAGAGAUGUAAAUUAGUACGGAAUUUUGUUCAUGCAGAGAUAUCUGACACCAGAAUUUGAAUUUGCUUGUAUAUUAUUCACAUGUUGUAAGUUGUAACAUUCAUCUAAGUCUAAUCUUGUUGAAAAUAAGAAUGAGCAAUAUUUAAUCAA